GAUUAGACGGCGGUCGUUGAUGCGUUCACGUCCGGAGGAAGGACCCGCGGCCGAUGGUACUCAUAAUUAAAAAAGGGGGCCUGGCUGGCUGGAUCCGCGCCUACACGUUCCGCGGCUGUGCAACACGGCGACGUAGAUCAUGGCGUCAUCAAAGAUCCAUCGAGGUUGGGGGCAGUUGAGGGUUCGUCGUUCGGCUCCGCGCGCGCCCACCCGUCCGUCCGUUUUCCAGCUGACUCCCAGAGCCCUCUUUACGUAGAUAAAAACGAAAACGUCUUUCCUCCCGAAAAACUGAUAUCAUUUAUCGUAGCACUUAGGGAGUUACAAAACAUUAGAAGAUAAAACAUUUUUUGAGGUCAUGGAGCCUAUGACUCUAGGAUCACCGAUGAAUAGUCCUGUUCAAAGCCCUGGUAGUCCAGGAAAUUCUUCCUCGUAUUUGCCAAGUUUUCUCUUGGGUGACACUAAUACUCCCGCAAAGAUCAACAUAAUAAGUCCUCAAGAUAAUCCACGCCAUUUGAACCUAACCAAUACCAGUGUGAUGUCACCAGUUUCCUAUGGUUCUCCGGAUUACCGGUCUAAUCGUCAGAAGGCGGUGUUUGGAUCUACGACUCCUAGCACGCCACAAAUAAGCACAAAAAAUCACACCGGAGGUCCGCCAACGCGAGGACUAUUCGACACUCUAGAAGUCACGCAUAUGUCACCAUCUGUGGCAGUCACAAAUCCGGCUAUCACAGCCACACCUAUAAAUCAGUCCAAACUCAUGAUGAGUACUUUAACUAGUCCACUGAUAUUUCCAGAUAGUUCGUUCAAUUUGAGCACAAGCGAAUCGCAAAGUCUACUGCAAUGGGUAACUGUUUUCGGUUUCUUACCUAUCGAUGUCAACGCCGUUCUGUCUCACAUCUCCAGCAGAGUUCGUAUAGUGGAUAAACAUCCAGCUCCACAACCUCAAAGCAACUGGAUACAUUUGAAGUGUGCAUCAGAGCAAGAAGCGCAAAAGGCUCUCAUGUGCAAUGGUAGUAUCGUUUCGGGCACAAUUAUGAUUGGUGUCAUACCAUGUACGGACGAGGGCGUCGUUCUGGGUUGCGACAAAGAAAACCGUGCCAAGCUGAACGGAAGUAUGAGAUCGCUUUCAAUGGGCAGAAUCAGUCAAUCUCCCUUUAACUCGUCACCUACCGCAAGACGACGAAAACUGAGAUCUUUAGCAGCGGGUUAUAAUCAACAUUUUAGCCCACAAGCCGCGCAGAUGCCGGAAAAUGUUCCACAAAAGUCGGCCAGUUUAGUUUCAAAAGCAAUGGAAUAUGUGUUCGGUUGGUAGUUGUUUUUUUUUUUAGUAAUAAUUAUACAUUGAACUCUUUAUAUUGAAAAUAUAUUAAAAAUUGUAGAAAGGAAACUAUGAUAAACAAUAUAUUAAUCUUUUGGAAGGAAACUUUUAAGCGGAACAUUAACUUAAAGAUUAAACAAAAUUAUUAUCUAUUAUCCUAAAAAUAAAUUUUUCUAUAAUGUUGAAAAUCAUUAUUAUAAGAGCGUUUCUGUGAAGGCUGUCCACUUUUUUAAGACUAUUGUAAUAUGCAUAUUAUCACAUGUUAUAUUUGUAUGUAUCUUUACAAUUAUACUAUCUUGUAUAGGCUAAUAGCCGGAGUCAUAUGCAAGUCUUAAUUUGCGCGUGAUAUUGCGUGUCUAUUCCUA